UCCAUUUUCUUCAGUUUCCUUCCACUUUCUUGCUAUUAUUUCUUCUGAUUGACUACCUGUAUUUGUUUCUUUUUUGUUUUUGCGUUAAUAUUUAUGUAUGAUUAUUUGUUAUAAUUGCUGCUUUUGCUAUGUGGUGAGAAGAUAUAGUGUAUUUAUUGAAGUUUGAUUGGUUGAGUUUUUUUUUUUAAUGAAUUUUUUCAGGUAGAUAUUCAGAUUGUGAGAUUUGCGAGCUGUUUUCUGAUUUAGAACUGUCAUUUUGUGUUUUGCAUGUCAUUUUUUAGAAUAAAUUUGUAUUUUUUCAAGUAUUUAUCUUCGGUCUAUUUACUGUCAAGAAGCGUUUUAGAUGAAAUAUACAGAAGAAUGAGAUCUCUCCUAUAGACACAAUAUUGUGUGAUUAAAUUUGAGAAAUGUAGGGUCUCAUUUUUAUUUUUAUUUCUGAAAUUUUGGUGAUACCUCUUGUUUUAAAUUCUUUGUUUUGAUGUCUUUGACCUUUAUGGUGCUGGUGUCAAGUUAUUUUGAGCUGCAGUUAGAUUCAUAGUGAUGAAGAUAAUUUUCUGAACUCUUUCGUUAAGGCUUCUAUUUUAUACAAGGAAAUUUGAGUUGAGAAUUGAAUCAAGAUUGGAUGUCACAUUUUGAAUGCUUCCUUUAACUGUGACAGUCAGCUGCCUAUUUAGGACCAGAAUAAAAAAGAAAUUAAAUUUGUUGGAGUUGGAGAUAUGGAAGCAUUUUUUUGCUUUCUGUUUUCCUUGAUAGGUAAUUUAUAUGGAUGUUAUUUCCGGUCAUUUUUCCUUUUUCAACUUUUGCUUUUGGUUUGACGCAGUGGAGUUUUGUGUUUUACAAACUUAUUAUGAAAUCUUUGUUAUAAAAAGCCACUGUCAUGUAUAAUAGGACUCAACCUAUCUUUUUCUAGAAAUGAAAUGGCAUGUGUUACAGGUGCUUCUUUUCAUGGUGGUCAGAGGUGUUGGAGACAACUUCUUAUAGUAUUCAAAAUAAAGUUUUCCUUUAGAUUAACGCAGAAUGUGACUAGUUGGAAAGAAUUGUGAUUCAUGCAAAAGGUGACCAGCUGAAAUCAAGAAUCUGGGACCAGGCAGCGGCUUCUAGGGCAGCAUAAUGCCUAAGAGAACAUCACGACCCCUCCCUCUGUGCAGUUUCGGGAAAUACGGUUAAAUGGAUAAGGAGGUGGCUAACUUUGAUUUUUUGGGUGGUACAUGAAUUGUAAAAAACAAAAGGUUUGAGAACUAUACUCCUUAUCGAUUCAAUUAGAUCUUUAGGGAAAGGUGACGUAUUUGAAGAACAGUCUAGAGAACAAGAAACAAAAGGUUGAGAAUUUUAUUUUUCAAUCCAUUCAAUUAGGUCUUUAGUGCCUGUUUCUUUGGUUAUGUUCUCAAAUAAUAUUUUUCGAGAAUAGUUUAGAGAACGCCAAUAAAUAUUGGGAACGUGCUAUUUUCUUGUUAUUGCUUUAUCAAGAAACAGAGACAUUUAAUUAUGAUUUUUGAUGUUCUGAAAGGCUGCUUAGAUAAUCCUGUAGAAUAGAUGAUCCUUCUGAGAUGAUUGAAGCAUCCUGAAGAAUGAAAUCCACUUUAUCUCAACAAGAUUCCCAAUUAACUAGUAGAUAUCUGUGCACCAGAUAGCAUAAUACAUUUUAUACUGGUGUCUAAAUCCUUUAGAGAUCAAUGUAAAACUAUUGAAAAGUAAAUUGUGAUAUAUAUUAGACAUUCUCAACGGAAGAAUGAUGUUGACCAUUACAAGAAGAUGACCUCUCAGAAUAUGGUGAAGGGUGCAUCCACAGAGUGGACAAAUGAAAAGCACAAUUUGUAUCUUGAUUCUUUGGAAACAUCAUUUGUUAAUGAAUUGUACCAUUCCAUGCGUUUGCGUGACUGGCAUCAACAAAAGAAUGCUCGAGGGACACAUUCAUUGCAAGAGGUCUCAUUCAAGACUCAGAAUUCUUCUGACCAGUUCAUGGUUGUUCAAGAUGGCUGCUUGCAGAAGAUCAACCUUCGAAAGAAUGAAAGUUUGAUGGAAAGCACAGCUAAUUCUCAUGUUACUGUGAGAAGUCCAUGCAGAUGUCAUUCUACUCUUGCAGGCAAAAGCUGCACCGUUUCAUCUUCUAAGACGCUGACUUUAAAAAAGUUACAUGCAUCAGCAAGAAGUUCAGAGCAGAACCUUGUAUGUCAUCAGGAUUUGGUUGGCAGUAUUACAGAAGUAUCUGGUCAGAACUUUGUGGAUGAAGACCAUGGAGGGAAGCUAAGCAAUGCAUCCAAACCAAAAAGGCUUAAAAGAGUAGCAGCUGAUGCUUCCAGCAAUGAUCAAGUAAUGUCUACAAUAAACACAAAAACGGAAAGAAAAAAAAACAACAUUUGGAAUAAAUUCUGCAUAUUGAUCUUGCUUUACUUAUCCCACAUAAGAUCCUGUGAUUAUUAUUCAGUCUUGAUUGUUAGGGUUCUCAUUUUUUAUUAAUUUCCUCAUGUGCCUUAUCAGAUUGUGCCAUCAGGAAAUUUUGAUACAAAAGAGGUUUCUAUGGCCCAUAAUGUUCUCUCUGAACAAGGGCAUAAUCUUCGCUAUUUCUUAGGAGGAAGCUGAGAUACAACUUAGUACUGAAGUCUGACAGGUAAGCAGUAUCGAUACAUCGAAAAGAUGGAGAUAUGGUUAUACUUUCCAUUUUCUCCUAUUUGAAGAUUCCAAAUGCAAAGGCUGAUUCUAUUCUAUCAGUAGCUAUUCUUGUUGUGAAUGGUGUUCGGGGUAAUGCUACCGUUGGACUUUGGGCAAAAGUUCACAGGGAAGAAAUUAUAUCUGUUCAGCGAUAUGCUCUUCAUCUUUUAGGAUUGGUAGAUAUAGGAUUUAUGGAGUAGAUUUAGCUGAUGAAUACACAUCGAUUACAUAGGUCUAUCUGGUCAUUUGCUGUUCCUUUUCUCCGUUUUUAUUUUUGUAUUUACUGCAUUUCAAGUAGAACAACUUCUAAUUGAUAUAGAAGAUGCGUAGUACAAUUUUGGGCUGUAUGGCAGAUGUCUGGAUUUCAUGGGGCUGACCUGAGAUGUCAAUCAUGUCCUCUUCCACAUUCAUGGAAUUCCAUUGUUAUGAAAUUACAAAUUUAUUUUGUUAUUAAAUUCUAAUAAAUUUCCAUUAGACCUA